AUGCUUCGGGUAACUCUAUUUUAUCUCUUAAUGUUCUCAAUUUCCCCAGUUUUUGGGUUUCUGGAAGAAUCUGAAGGAGUGAUUCCCAAGGAUAGAACUUGUGAUCCUGAAGAAGAACGGGCUGCUCAAAGCUGUAAAAAUGGUCUAACAGUUCUCUCAGCCACAUUCGAGUCCAUUCAAGGCCAACACGAGUCAUUCACGGCGAGCGAUCACAUUGGUAUCAAUCAAAACUGCAAGACUGCACUGACAUGCCUCAAAACCUACAUUGGAUGCUCCGACAUCACUCAAGCUGAUGUGGAUACAAUCACCGAAAAGUGCAAUUACAUGACAUAUUUGACUGGUGGUUUUUACGCGUGCUCUCAAAAGUUGAAGGAACGAAAAGACACUUCUCCGUGUGUUAUGAAUUUCUUUGAUGCUGAUAAGGAUUCCCAAGAAAAACCAGGAUGCGAAUGGAUCAACCACCGUGCCUGUCUGAAAUGGACAAUUCGUGAUGCAUGUGGAAGAAGUUACUGGAAACAAUACAAGCCGUACUGGCAUUUGAAGUCCUCUUUCAUGAAAUGCGAGUAA